AUGCCUCACACACAACCGGCUCUAAUUCCUUUGACCAUCGGUAGCAGCAGCGCAAGCACGACAACCACAAUUGCAGCAGUACACACUUCACCUGACUCUGAGCAUAACGGUUCUAAAUCUUCUACGGGUUCAUCUCUGCCACUUUCGUCCGAGAACAAUAUUAAUUCCUCAGCUUCUAACCUAGUAUCUAUAGUCGACUCGAGUUCCAUGCCUUCGUCUGCCAUUAGUCGAUGCUCUGCGGAGGCCAAACUGUUUUCUGUCUCUGCGCCAGGAAAGCCUCCUAAUGAAUGGUUGAGAUCGGAAGAGGCGUUGCGGAGGGGUCAGGAAGGAAUCGAGAAUUAUGGCUUAAAGCAAGCCCGAUUAAAUAGGAACUUUCCCUUACGAGCUAACCCUUUCGCCACGGCCUCGCCUCCUGCAAUACGAUGUACACCUAAUGCUGUUGGCAGUCCACAAAGUAUAGGUGGGCUGAAUUCUUUCUUCAAAGCUCACGCCAUUGUCAUUAGUAGCCAUAAUGCAUUUUAUUCUUCUUUUAACAACACUAAAAUCAUCACAAAUUUUUUAUUUGUCAUUGCUAUUUGUCUUGAUUCUGCGGGUCUCGCUUCUGAGCAAGUCUUGUCAGCGAUCACUCGACGCAAUUGA